ACUUUAACUUUUUUUGUUGCAGUAAAUACGCUGUGGGAAGAUUUGUUUAUAUCCGAUUAUGCUGAUCUAAGUGGGGUAUGAGUUCAUUCUGAUGAAAUACUUAUAAGAACUAAAUCAAGGACGUUUGACCUGCGGUAAAAGCCCGGAGCCUGUACCGUGAAUUUGAUCGGGCUGGUGGGCAGGAAGGAUUAUCCGAGCAGAUGUCGUUUCCCCCACUGUUGGAGUAGUAGGGCCAAUAAUAAACACGCACACACACACACACACAGACACACUAAUCUGAGAUAGGCUACUAGCCCUCGCACAUCCUUUAUUUUCUCUCUCCUCUCUUUUCUCUUCCGUAGACAGUCACGGUUCCAGGCUGAAGUUUUUUUUUUUCCCGCACUGUGUUUUGCACACUUCUGCUUUAAGCGUCCAGCGCGAGCGCACCGGGGACGCAGUCCUUGGCGUCACCGCUUCAGACCACAGAUGGACACACAGGGGGCAACGAAAAGACCGCGUGGGAAAUGGCACCUGCUGUGCUGUGUAGCCUCGUUCACUUGCUUCUUGGACGCAGUCUGGGGACAGAUUCGUUACUCGGUCCCAGAGGAACUGGAGCACGGAGCUUUUGUUGGCAAUAUUGCAGAGGACCUGGGCUUGGAUUUGGACAAACUCUCCUCACGCAGAUUCCGGAUCGUCUCGGGUGCCAAAAAGCAAUAUGUGGAAGUAAAUUUAGAAAACGGAGUUUUAUUCGUUAAUGAAAGAAUCGAUCGCGAAGAGCUGUGCGAGCAGAGUUUGUCCUGCUCCUUUCACUUGCAAGUGGUCAUAGAAAACCCUCUGGAGCUCUACAGGGUCGAGAUGGAAAUUCUGGACGUAAACGAUAACUCUCCUAUUUUCCCGUGGACCGAGUUUAACCUGGACAUAUCUGAGUCCGCCGCUCCAGGAUCCCGUUUCCCACUCGAGAGCGCGCAGGACUUGGACGUCGGAGCGAACUCCCUGCGCGCCUAUUUGCUAAGUGUGAACGAGCAUUUCCUCAUAGAAAUACAGACCCGCAGUGAUGGAAGUAAAUUCGCCGAACUCGUCCUUCAAACCCCUCUGGACAGAGAGCAGCAGAGUGCCCAUCAAAUGGUCCUAACAGCGGUGGAUGGAGGCGCGCCAGAGAGAUCCGGCACUGCGCAAAUUGAUAUCACCGUUUUGGACGCGAACGAUAACGCGCCCGUGUUUGAUCAGUCGUUUUACAGAGUGAGGCUCGCUGAGAACGCACCGAAAGGCACGGUCGUCAUAAAGCUCAACGCGACUGAUUUGGACGAGGGUCCCAAUGCUGAUAUCACGUAUUCAUUCAGUGGCCACGCGCCCAUCAAAGUGCGCCAGCUCUUCAGCGUGGACUCGCGCACGGGGGAAAUCAAAGUCAAAGGCGUGAUCGACUACGAAAAAGCCAGGAUGCACGAGAUCUACGUCCAAGCGAAGGACAAGGGCCCCUCCGCGGUGGCGGUUCACUGCAAGGUGCUGGUAAACGUGCUGGACAAGAACGACAACUUCCCCGAGGUGAUCCUAACGUCCGUGUCCACGCCCGUGCAGGAGGACGCGCCGCCGGGAACGGUGAUCGCCGUCAUCAGCGUGACGGACAAGGACUCGGGGGAAAACGGCAACGUGGACUGCGAGAUUCCCCACCAGGUGCCAUUUCAGCUCCACUCCUCCUUUAAGAACUACUACACGCUGGUGACGUGUGAUUUUCUGGACCGAGAGACUGUGGCGGAGUACAACAUCACCCUGACCGCCAGGGACAUGGGCUCCCCGCCGCUAUUUACCCGCAAAACUAUCUUAGUCCACGUGUUCGACGUGAACGACAACGCGCCGCGCUUCAAGCAGCCUUCGUACACUGUGUAUCUGACGGAGAACAACGCGCCAGGGGCGUCUAUUUGCUCGGUGACGGCGGCGGAUCCGGACUCGGGCCAGAACGCGUACCUGUCCUACUCCAUAGUGGAAGGCGUUUUGCAGGGGAUGCCGGUGUCCACGUACGUGUCCAUCAACUCGGACAACGGUAACAUUUACGCGCUGCGCUCCUUCGACCACGAGCAGCUGAGGAACUUUCAGAUCACGGUCCGAGCUCAGGACGCCGGCUUUCCGCCGCUCAACAGCAGCGUGUCGGUCAGCGUCUUUAUCCUGGACCAGAACGACAACGCUCCCGUCGUCGUGGCGCCGCUUCCGCGGAACGGCACGGCGCCCGGCGAGGCGCUGCCCAGGUCGGCGGACGCCGGAUACCUCGUGGCCAAAGUCGACGCGGCGGACGCGGACGCGGGUCAGAACUCGCGUCUCUUCUACCACGUGCUCCAAGCGACGGACCCGAGCUUGUUCAGCAUCGCUCUGUACACGGGCGAAAUCAGGACGAUGCGCCCGUUGACGGAGAGAGACCCCAGCAGGCACAGAUUGGUCAUUCUGGUGAAGGACAAUGGUCAGCCGCCGCUCACGGCCACAGCCUCCAUCAUUCUGUCAGUGGUUGACAGCCUGCCAGCUUCACAGCCCGAUUUGGGGGACCUGUCACUAAGCCCACAUCACAGCUCCAACUUCGCCCUCUACUUAAUCGUGUCUCUGGGCGCAAUAUCCCUCGCGUUCCUGGUGGCGAUCAUUGUCCUGGUCGCAGUGCGGAGACUCAAGGGCAGCGCGUCCAACGGAGAGUCCAGCUUCCCCGCAAUCCGCGGCUGCUGCGGCUGCUGCUCCCGCUCCAAAGCGGCCGCCGCCGCCGCCGCGGAUGCGUUGGAGAAGUCCAACCUGAACGCGCGCGUGUCCGCGGGCGCGGAGACGCCGAGCGGCGGCGGCGGCGGCGGCGGCGGCGGCGGCGGCGCCGUGCCGCAGGUCUACUGCUACAAGAUGUGUCUGACGCCGGAGGCGUCCAAAAGCGACUUCAUGUUCCUCAAGCCGUGCAGCCCGGUGCUGUCGGCGCAGCAGAACAACGCCAAGAGCACGGACUACCUGACGUCCGGCUGGAGCACGCUGGACCACCGGAAGCUGAGCAACAACAGGGCGCCGACCCCCCACGAGAUUAAAUAUUCUAACAAAGACUGGACGUGGAGCAAGAACCAGCGCAACUCAGCGUACAAGAGGUACAGCUCAGCGAAUGUGGACGGCGCAGGUUCGCAGCAACACGCGUACGGCGCCGACGGGUUCCCGUGCUCUGUGGCGCCUCAGUACUGGACCUGGGGAAACCAUAAGACGGACUGCAAAAGGUCCCUUCAAGAGGGAGCGGCGCCCAACUUCUCGUGGACUCCCAAGUACGGCCCGGGUGGCGGCGAGGCGGGCGACUACCAGCACAACGUCUACAUCCCCGGCACCACGUCGGGCCACGGCGCCUCCAGGCCGGCGCGCGGGGACGAGCUGGACAUGUACAGCAGCUUCUCCACGUUUGGGAAGAAGAAGAGGUUCAUCUCUAACUACGACGGAGGCGACGGCGUCAUAAACAAGGCCAUGUUCAAGUGACGCGCUGGUGGGUUGUGUUGUAAAAAAGACGUGACUUCACCUCCGUGCGGUGGAAGAUUUGCUCCUGGGGACAAACAACAGCACCUUUCUCCUUUUACCCGAGGACUUUUUAAACUACUUAUUGCAACAACUGCAUUGGAUUUGUUUAAAUACUGGUGUAGAAUAGGUCUGUUUUGAGGUACGGUGGGUUCUCCAGGAAGCACACAUGGACAUUAUGAAGUCAAAGCUUCUCUGUCUGCAGGGCAAAGUGCGUCAGUUGUACUGGAGUACUUUGGAGGCAGUGAAGUGGAACACGGGGAAAAAGGUUUUUCGUUCCCAGCAGCUGUGAACUCAGGUAAAUGUGAUUCGAUCUGUUCAGUGGCUGCUGGCUCUCAGCGAACGUAUGGUGAACGUUUAACUCCCGACUCCUCUUUGAUGCUUUUAGCAGUUUAGGCUCGUUGACACAAUGGCCCGUUUUUGCGCCGACACCCCCUUUUUUCCACUUUUCCACCGAAGCACCGCCGAGCGGUGAAUCCGAGCCCCGGUCGCAAUAAGCUCAAGACUUCACGGCCCUCAGAAUUAAUGCUUCAAUCGGCAGCUGCCGCGUCGAAGCCAUUGAUUUAACAAGGAAUCGUUGUGGGCGUCGUUUUGUCACAAGUAGCUAUUGAUGGGGAGGAUCAAACGGCGCCACAGGUACAGAUGUUUCAUCCGUUUGUCUUCUAUCAUUAAGCCAUAUCGCAACACAUUUAGUGGCAGGUCAUUUCUCUGCUUUGAAAAAGUCUGAACAGGCUCAAUGCAAAAGCAAUGCAACGGGUAAAAAGACAGCGGACCUGAUGAACUGAACCUCUAUAAUUUAACAGCAGAGACGGGCCUCGGGCCAGUCGGAUGCUUUGAACUAUGAGGAGACAUGAAUCAUUCACUGGCUACACAUCCCUGUUUAGUUAUUAUCAUAGAGCGUGAUUUGUACGAUAAAUCAGUGUUACACAAAUAUUUGUAUAAUACUCUGUAUAUAGUAUAAAUACGUAUAUUAUCAAUAAACUGUUUUCAACUCUC